UUCGUCAAUCUCAGAGUGCCGGCGGGCAGCGCCAAGCCGGGUCCUGCCAUCGGCCAAGCUCUCGGUCCACUCGGUAUUAACAUGGCAGAUUUCACCCGCCAAUUUAAUGAAAAGAGCGAAACCAUGUACAAAAAGGACGUUGCUUUGGGUGUUCGGCUACAUGCCAUGGCGGACCGAAGCUUUACCUUUGACAUCCGAUCACCUCCGGUUACUUAUUUGGUCAAGCGUGUUUGUGGCAUGGAUAAAGGCCCUUCUAGUCCGUCGCCAGAGAGCCCGGUCGCUUUCAUUACACCGGAGGCUAUCUACGAAAUCGCAAAAGUGAAGCAGCAAGACGAUCAUAUGUGGCAUCUUCCUCUGGAAGGAAUUGCUCGGUCGGUUGUUGGGACUUGCAAAAGCAUGGGCGUGCAUGUU